UAAGGGAAGUUAACUUUUUUUGGCCCUCCAGGUAUCGCUCUAGCUGCCAAAAAGGAGGCAUCCUCUUCUAGAUGAGAGUGUGGUUGAGACAAGUGAGACUUGAGCCGCGCUCCCUGCAGAGGGUCCCGCAGGCGGGCAGCAGUCCCCGGCUUCACCCUCGGCGAGGCCGCGGUUUCCAGGUAUACCACAGAUUCUACCCUCCAGAAAGCCCUAGAAAGUCUGACACGAAUGCAAGUUACUUGAGAGCUGCUCGAGCUGGCAACUUGGAAAAGGCUCUUGACUACUUAAAAAGUGGAGUAGACAUCAACAUUUCUAAUCAGAAUGGGCUGAAUGCUCUCCAUCUCGCUUCCAAAGAAGGGCACGUAGAAGUUGUCUCUGAACUGAUACAGCGAGGUGCCAGCGUGGAUGCAGCGACAAAGAAAGGAAACACAGCAUUGCACAUAGCAUCCCUCGCUGGGCAAGCAGAAGUAGUCAAAGUGUUGGUUACAAAUCGGGCCAAUGUCAAUGCACAGUCUCAGAAUGGUUUCACUCCACUGUAUAUGGCAGCCCAAGAAAACCACCUGGAGGUUGUUAAGUUUCUUCUUGACAAUGGUGCCAGUCAAAGCCUUGCCACAGAGGAUGGUUUCACACCUUUGGCAGUAGCUUUGCAGCAAGGUCAUGACCAGGUGGUUUCGCUGUUGCUUGAAAAUGAUACGAAGGGAAAAGUCCGUCUUCCUGCUCUUCACAUCGCCGCUCGGAAGGAUGAUACAAAGGCAGCAGCUUUGCUCCUGCAGAAUGACCACAAUGCUGAUGUGGAGUCAAAGAGUGGGUUCACGCCGCUCCACAUAGCUGCUCACUAUGGAAAUAUCAAUGUAGCUACAUUGCUGUUAAAUCGGGGUGCUGCUGUGGACUUCACUGCAAGGAAUGAUAUCACACCAUUGCAUGUUGCAUCGAAGAGGGGAAAUGCAAAUAUGGUCAAACUCCUACUUGAUCGAGGAGCUAAAAUUGAUGCCAAAACAAGGGAUGGGUUGACUCCCCUCCACUGCGGAGCAAGAAGUGGCCAUGAACAAGUUGUAGAAAUGCUGCUGGAUCGUGGUGCCCCUAUUCUUUCCAAAACCAAGAACGGUUUGUCUCCGCUGCACAUGGCAACGCAAGGAGAUCAUCUAAACUGUGUUCAGCUCCUGAUCCAGCACAACGUGCCUGUAGAUGACGUCACUAAUGACUAUCUGACUGCGCUGCAUGUUGCUGCCCACUGUGGCCACUACAAAGUAGCCAAGGUUCUCUUGGACAAGAAAGCUAAUCCUAAUGCCAAAGCACUGAAUGGUUUUACACCUCUGCACAUUGCCUGCAAGAAGAACAGAAUAAAAGUAAUGGAACUUCUUCUGAAGCAUGGUGCAUCAAUCCAAGCUGUGACUGAGUCGGGCCUAACUCCAAUCCAUGUUGCUGCCUUCAUGGGACAUGUAAAUAUUGUAUCGCAGCUAAUGCAUCAUGGAGCAUCACCCAACACUACCAACGUGAGAGGAGAAACAGCGCUGCACAUGGCUGCCAGAGCUGGCCAAACAGAGGUUGUUCGAUACCUAGUACAGAAUGGAGCUCAGGUGGAGGCUAAAGCUAAGGAUGACCAAACACCACUGCACAUUUCUGCUCGACUGGGAAAAGCAGAUAUAGUACAGCAGCUGCUACAGCAAGGAGCAUCUCCAAAUGCGGCUACAACGUCUGGCUAUACGCCCCUGCAUCUUUCUGCUCGAGAAGGGCAUGAAGAUGUAGCUUCUGUUCUUUUGGAUCACGGUGCAUCUUUGGCUAUCAUUACCAAGAAAGGAUUUACUCCUCUACACGUGGCUGCAAAAUACGGGAAAAUUGAGGUAGCGAACCUCUUGCUUCAGAAGAAUGCAUCUCCUGAUGCUUCUGGAAAGAGCGGUUUAACACCACUGCAUGUAGCUGCACACUACGAUAAUCAAAAAGUGGCACUCCUGCUGUUGGACCAGGGAGCUUCACCUCACGCAUCUGCCAAGAAUGGCUAUACGCCACUACACAUAGCUGCCAAGAAAAACCAGAUGGACAUAGCAACUACACUGUUGGAAUACGGUGCUGAUGCCAAUGCUGUAACCAGACAGGGUAUUGCCCCUGUACAUCUGGCCUCUCAGGACGGCCACGUGGACAUGGUGUCGUUACUUCUUUCUAGAAAUGCUAAUGUAAAUCUCAGCAACAAGAGCGGGCUGACACCACUCCACCUGGCUGCUCAGGAGGACAGAGUCAAUGUAGCAGAGGUUCUUGUUAACCAAGGAGCUGCUGUUGAUUCACAGACAAAGAUGGGAUACACUCCUUUGCAUGUUGGCUGCCACUACGGAAACAUAAAGAUUGUUAACUUCCUUCUGCAACAUUCUGCAAAAGUCAAUGCCAAAACGAAGAAUGGGUACACGCCGCUGCACCAGGCUGCACAGCAGGGACACACCCACAUCAUCAACGUCCUGCUCCAGCACGGCGCGGCACCCAACGAGCUCACUGUGAAUGGAAACACUGCCCUUGCCAUCGCAAAGCGACUUGGCUACAUUUCAGUCGUUGACACAUUGAAGGUGGUGACAGAAGAGACCAUGACUACAAUUACUGUUACAGAAAAGCACAAAAUGAAUGUACCUGAAACGAUGAAUGAAGUUCUCGAUAUGUCUGAUGAUGAAGUUCGUAAAGCCAAUGCCCCUGAAAUACUCAGUGAUGCUGAAUAUUUGUCAGAUGUUGAAGAAGGUGAGGAUGCAAUGACAGGUGAUACAGAUAAAUAUCUUGGACCCCAGGAUCUAAAAGAGUUGGGAGACGAUUCUUUGCCCGCUGAAGGAUACAUGGGCUUUAGCCUGGGAGCCCGCUCCGCCAGCCUCCGCUCCUUCAGUUCGGAUAGGUCCUACACGCUGAACAGAAGCUCUUAUGCCCGAGACAGCAUGAUGAUUGAAGAGCUGCUGGUACCAGCAAAGGAUCAGCACCUGACGUUUCAAAGGGAGUUUGAUUCUGAUUCUCUCAGACACUACAGCUGGGCUGCAGACACCUUGGACAAUGUUAACCUUGUUUCAAGUCCCGUCCAUUCUGGUUUCCUGGUUAGUUUUAUGGUUGACGCCCGUGGGGGCUCGAUGAGGGGUAGUCGCCAUCAUGGAAUGCGGAUUAUCAUCCCACCACGCAAGUGCACUGCACCGACCCGCAUCACCUGCCGCUUGGUGAAGAGGCAUAAACUGGCCAGCCCACCACCAAUGGUUGAAGGAGAAGGAUUAGCAAGUAGACUUGUAGAAAUGGGGCCAGCAGGGGCACAAUUUUUAGGCCCUGUCAUAGUGGAAAUCCCACAUUUUGGAUCAAUGCGAGGAAAGGAAAGAGAAUUAAUCGUACUUCGAAGUGAAAAUGGUGAAACAUGGAAGGAACACCAGUAUGACAGCAAACAUGAAGACUUAACUGAAAUACUCAAUGGCAUGGAUGAAGAGCUGGACAGUGUUGAGGAGCUAGAGAAGAAGCGUAUCUGCAGGAUUGUCACAAAGGAUUUCCCUCAGUACUUCGCAGUGGUCUCACGAAUCAAGCAGGAGAGUAACCAAAUCGGCCCGGAGGGAGGGGUGCUGAGCAGCACAACAGUGCCGCGUGUCCAGGCGUCCUUCCCUGAGGGUGCUCUAACCAAAAGAAUCCGCGUGGGGCUCCAGGCUCAACCAGUUCCAGAGGAGAUUGUUAAAAAAGUCCUUGGAAAUAAAGCGACUUUCAGUCCCAUCGUCACUGUGGAGCCAAGAAGAAGAAAAUUUCAUAAGCCAAUAACCAUGACAAUUCCUGUGCCACCUCCAUCAGGAGAAGGUGUAACCAAUGGGUACAAAGGAGACACGACGCCCAGCCUUCGACUUCUAUGUAGCAUUACAGGAGGUACUUCACCUGCACAGUGGGAGGACAUCACAGGCACCACUCCGCUGACGUUUUCAAAUGACUGUGUCUCAUUCACAACCAAUGUUUCAGCCAGAUUUUGGCUUGCAGACUGCCAUCAGGUACUAGAGACUGUUGGGCUGGCAACACAGCUUUAUAGAGAAUUAAUAUGCGUUCCUUACAUGGCAAAGUUUGUUAUAUUUGCCAAAAUGAAUGACCCUGUGGAAUCCAAUUUGCGUUGCUUCUGCAUGACUGAUGACAAAGUGGACAAAACUUUGGAGCAACAAGAGAAUUUUGAAGAAGUUGCAAGAAGCAAAGACAUUGAGGUUCUGGAAGGAAAACCUAUUUACGUUGAUUGCUAUGGAAACCUGGCCCCUUUGACUAAAGGAGGACAGCAGCUUGUUUUUAAUUUUUAUGCUUUCAAAGAAAAUAGACUGCCAUUCUCUAUCAAGGUAAGAGACACCAGCCAGGAACCCUGUGGACGAUUAUCAUUUUUGAAAGAACCAAAGACUACAAAAGGACUGCCACAAACAGCUGUUUGCAACUUGAAUAUCACUUUGCCAGCACAAAAAAAGGAAACAGAGUCAGAUCAAGAUGAUGAGACGGAGAAAGCCGACCGGCGUCAGAAUUUUGUCUCCCUUGCUUUACGUAAGCGCUACAGCUAUCUGACUGAGCCUGGAAUGAAAACAGUUGAACGGAGUGCAGGAGCAACAAGAUCCCUACCUGCUACUUACUCAUACAAGCCAUUCUUUUCAACACGGCCAUAUCAGUCAUGGACAACAGCUCCAAUUACAGUGCCUGGGCAAACCAAAUCAGGCUUCACUUCCUUAUCAAGCUCUUCCUCUAACACUCCUACAGCUUCCCCAUUAAAAUCAAUAUGGUCUGUUUCUUCUGCUUCUCCAAUCAAAUCCACAUUAGGAGCUUCUACCACAUCUUCAGUUAAAUCUGUUAGUGAUGUAGCAUCUCCGAUUAGAUCAUUUCGGACAAUCUCUUCACCAAUAAAAACUGUGGUAUCACAGCCUCCAUACAAUAUACAGGUUACUUCAGGCUCUUUCGUCAGAGCUCCCGCAGUGACAGAAGCUGCUAGCCUAAAAGGGCUGGCAUCCACUACCACAUUCCCCUCUCGGACAUCUCCAGUGACUACAGCAGGGUCUCUCUUGGAGAGAUCAUCCAUAACCAUGACGCCUCCAGCAUCCCCCAAAUCCAACAUUAACAUGUACUCUUCAAGUUUGCCUCUUAAAUCGGUCAUCACAUCAGCAUCCUCACUUUUAUCGUCCCCUCUAAAGUCAGUGGUGUCACCUGCUAAGUCAGCAGUUGAUGCUGUUUCAUCCUCUAAGGUCAUGACGGCCUCGUCUCUCUCGUCGCCAGCAAAACAUGUAGCUGGGCACACAGAUGUACCAUUGCUUAAUGGGUCUGUGUCACCUCUGAAAUACCCGUCUUCUUCCAACCUAAUAAAUGGAUCCAAAGCUGCAGCUGUUUUUCAAGACAAGAUCACUGCAGCUGCACAUUCUGCAAGUUGUGCUGCUAGCGCAGUUGCUGACACAGCUGAGAGAGUGUUUUCAACUGCUUCAACAAUGUCAUUUUCUCCACUCAGGUCAUUUGUGUCUUCAGCACCAUCAGCUUUCCAGUCAAUAAGAACUCCUCCUGCAGGUGCUUUGUAUACAGCCCUUGGGUCAAUAUCAGCAACUACCUCAUCCGUAACUUCAUCAACAAUAACAGUGCCAGUAUAUUCUGUAGUCAAUGUUUUGUCUGAACCAGCAUUAAAGAAGCUCCCAGAGUCAUCUCCGCUUACAAAAUCAGCUGCUGCGUUACUGUCACCUAUUAAAACAUUGACUACAGAGGCACGCACACAGCCUCCCUAUAAUCGAACUUCUUCUCCAAUAAAAUCAUCCUUGUUCUUAACACCCUCUGCUCUCAAAUUGUCCACACCAUCUUCUUUAUCCUCCAGUCAGGAGAUACUGAAAGAUGUUGCCGAAAUGAAGGAGGAUCUAAUAAGAAUGACUGCAAUAUUGCAGACAGAUGUCGCAGAGGACAAACCAUUCCAACCCGAGAUACCAAAAGAGGGUAGAAUUGAUGAUGAAGAGCCCUUUAAAAUUGUUGAGAAAGUAAAAGAGGACUUAGUAAAAGUUAGUGAGAUACUGAAAAAAGAUGUGUGUUUAGAAAGUAAAGGGUCGGCUAAAGUAUCCAAAAGUGAUCAAGGACACCUAUCUGAGGAUGACUGGGUAGAGUUCAGUACAGAGGAGAUUGAUGAAGCGAGACAGCAAGCUUUGACAAGUCCUAUAUCUGUUCCAGAGAAGGUCCAAAUUAAAACUAAAACCAUGUCGGAAAAGGAUUAUAACUUGUCAAAAGUUAUUGAUUACUUAGCAAAUGAUAUUGGUAGCAGUUCAUUAACAAACAUAAAGUACAAGUUUGAAGAGGGGAAAAAAGAAGGUGAAGAGAGACAAAAACGCAUUUUAAAACCAGCUAUUGCUUUGCAGGAACAUAAACUUAAAAUGCCUCCAGCCUCCAUGAGGCCUUCAACAUCAGAAAAGGAGUUAUGUAAAAUUGCAGAUUCCUUUUUUGGAACAGAUACAAUUUUAGAGUCUCCGGAUGACUUUUCUCAACAUGAUCAAGAUAAAAGUCCCUUAUCUGACAGUGGCUUUGAAACAAGGAGUGAAAAGACACCUUCUGCCCCACAAAGUGCUGAAAGCACAGGACCAAAACCCCUUUUCCAUGAUGUACCCAUCCCUCCUGUCAUUACAGAAACAAGAACUGAAGUAGUUCAUGUUAUCCGCAGCUACGAACCGUCAUCUGAAGAAAUUCCAGAGCAGAAAGCAGAGGAGCUACCAGCCUCGAAACCUGCACCUACGUUUGUGGAGCUGGAGCAAAAGCCUGCUGGGUCUAUUAAAGAGAAGGUUAAAGCAUUUCAAAUGAAAGCCAGCAGCAGUGAGGAAGAUGACCACAAAUGUGUCCUUAGCAAAGGUGUCCGAGUAAAAGAAGAAACUCAUAUCACUACGACGACUAGAAUGGUUUAUCAUAAACCUCCAUGCACCGAAAGCACAUCUGAAAGAAUUGAGGAAACAAUGUCUGUUCAUGACAUAAUGAAAGCCUUUCAGUCUGGACGUGACCCUUCCAAAGAACUAGCAGGUCUGUUUGAACAUAAAUCAUCAGUAACAUCCGAUGUUAGCAAGUCUGCUGAAACUUCACCACAACAUGCAGAGAAGGACAGCAAAAUGAAACCCAAACUGGAGCGAAUAAUAGAGGUCCAUAUUGAAAAAGGUAAUCAGGCUGAACCUACUGAAGUGAUUAUUAGAGAAACAAAAAAGCAUCCAGAAAAAGAAAUGUAUGUAUAUCAGAAAGACUUACCUCGGGGAGAUAUUAACUUAAAAGAGUUGGAAAAACAUGAUGCUUUUCCUUGUUCAGAUGAACAAGGUCAGCAAGAAGAAGAGGAGCUCACAGCCGAAGAGUCACUUCCUUCUUAUCUGGAAUCCUCUAGAGUUAACACUCCUGUGUCCCAGGAAGAAGACAGUCGCCCUAGUUCUGCUCAACUCAUGUCUGAUGACUCUUACAAAACACUGAAGCUUUUGAGUCAGCACUCAAUAGAAUACCAUGAUGAUGAGUUGUCAGAACUAAGAGGGGAGUCUUACAGGUUUGCUGAGAAAAUGCUUCUUUCAGAAAAGCUAGAUGUUUCUCAUUCUGAUACUGAGGAGUCAGUUACUGACCAUGCUCUACCCCUUAGUGCAGAGUUACAGGGGUCUGAUAAACGAUGCAGAGAAAAAGUAGCUACUGCCCCCAAAAAAGAGAUUCUCUCCAAAAUCUAUAAAGAUGUUUCUGAAAAUGGUGUGGGUAAAAUGUCUAAAGAUGAUCAUUAUGAUAAAGUGACAGUGUUACACUAUACUGGAGAUGUUAGUAGUCCAAAACAUGCGAUGUGGAUGCGCUUUACUGAGGACAGAUUAGACAGAGGUAGAGAAAAGUUGAUAUAUGAAGACAGGGUGGACAGGACUGUUAAGGAGGCAGAAGAAAAACUGACUGAAGUAUCACAGUUUUUUCGGGAUAAAACAGAGAAGUUGAAUGAUGAGCUACAGUCUCCAGAGAAAAAGCAGCAUAAAAGAAAUGGUAAAGAAAUACAUUCUAGCCAGAGCUCUGCCAGCAGCAGCCCUGAGAAGGUUCUGCUCUCUGAAUUACCAGCGUCCGGUGACGAAUGGAGUAAGGUGAAGCAAUACGCACAUGAUGGGAAAUGUUUUCCCAAAGUGGAUGAAAGAAAAGUGUCCAGUUUGCCCAGCAGUCCUGAAAAAAGGAUAUUUGUGCAACCAGCAGAGGACUCUAAACAAACUAUGGAACACAAAGGGAGUGCUCAGCAGACUGGAGCACCUGAGGUUUCACAGACUGGAUUUCAGCUGAAGCAAUCAAAGCUCAGUUCCAUUAGGCUAAAGUUUGAACAAAGUAUAAGCCCAAGGAGUAAGGAUCUAACUCAAGAAGAAAAAAAGCUGGACAGUCAGUCCAAAAUUCCAGUAAAGAAAUUGCAAGAAAGUAAGUUACCAGUGUAUCAGUUUUAUUCCAGAGAGAAACAUGCAAAACAAGUAGAGCUCGUUGAUGGGAGUACAGCUUUACAGAAAGAGGUGAAAAUACAGGAAGAUUUUGUUCCAGGUAAAGGAAAAGCUAUAGAAGACUUUUGUGCUUCGGAGACACAAAAGCAAAGAACUGAAAUGAGUAAAAGCGUGCCAGAAUACUUUUCAGAACUGCAGACAAAAGACCUGGUGUAUGGCUCAGACUCAACAAAGGGACACUGGGACAAAAAAAUCUAUAGGACAUGGGAAAGUCCUGGAACUUCUAAUCAUAAAACACAAAAAGAAAAACUUUCACAUGUGCUUGUUCCAGAUACAGUGAAAGAAAACCAUGUUGAUCAUGUUGAAGCUAAAACUGACAAAGAAAGUGAAUUUAUCACUGUGACAGAGCACAAAUUGGCAGCAAAUGGAAUUCAUUCGGAAGAAGUGAAGGAACUGACUGUAAAAUCUCCCUCAAAAAAGGUCUUAUACAGAGAAUUUGUUGUCAGGGAGGGAGACCAUAAUGGUGAAGUAGCUGAUAAAAUGUCCAAAAGGAAAGAAGAAAUUGCUGUGUCCCAUAUUCCAGUCAGGAUUGUUGAGGAGAAGAGAGCCAUGCUUGAUGGAGUUUAUCAACUUUCAGCUAAAGUAUCCCAAUCAGCUGUGAUUAAGGAGAAAGUUGAGAGACAGAUUGAUUAUGUGGAAGAUGAUCAGAUAAAGCAUUCAGAAAUCAGAAAAGUUACCAAGCAGCAGAGCUCAAUAGGUCUAAGUCCUCCUGUUGAGGAAACUGAGUUAUCCCCUAGCAAAUCACCAGAUUCUUUAGAAUUUAGUCCAGGAAAGGAAUCUCCUUUGAGUGACUUAGUUGACCCCAGUGCCAGUGAUUACUUGAAUAAAGUUGCACCAUUAGUAAGUACUGAGGGAGUGAAAGAAAUUAAGACCUUACCUGUUUAUGUCAGUUUUGUUCAAGUAGGAAAGCAAUAUGAGAAAGAGGUGCAACAAGGAAAUAUAAAAAAAAUAGUCAGUCAGGAGAGUAAGACAGUACAAGAGACAAGGGGGACAUUUUACACAGCUAGACAGCAAAAACAACCUCCUUCUCCACAAGGCAGUCCAGAAGAUGACACCCUAGAACAAGUGUCCUUUAUAGACAGCUCUGGCAAAAGCCCUUUAACACCAGAAACACCAAGUUCAGAGGAAGUGAGUUACGAGUUUACAUCUAAAACACCUGACUCACUAAUAGCAUAUAUCCCUGGCAAGCCCAGUCCUAUACCUGAGGUAUCUGAGGAAUCAGAGGAGGAAGCAGAGGCUAAAUCAACCUCUGUAAAACAGGCAGAAGUUGAGGAACCACAAACUGACAAAUCACUACCUAAUCAUAUAAAAAAGGACUCUAACAAAAGACCAAAGGGUAACAGAGUUGCCUACAUUGAAUUUCCUCCUCCUCCACCACUGGAUGCAGACCAAGGCGAGGCAGAAAAGAAGCCCCACUAUUCCACUGAGAGUGAAAUGGAGAUGACAGAAGUGAACUUGCAAGAUGAACACGACAAAUACCAACUGGCUGAACCAGUUAUAAGAGUGCAGCCACCUUCUCCUGUGCCACCGGGAGCAGAUGUCAGUGACUCCAGUGAUGACGAAUCUCUCUAUCAACCCGUUCCACUUAAAAAAUAUACAUUCAAACUGAAAGAACUGGAAGAUGACCAGAAAGAAACCUCAAAACCCAGAGCCCCCGAAAAGGUUGAGAAACAGAAAGAGUUAGGACAUCCCACUUCUGGGAAACCUAGUGAGUUUGACGUUGGGCUUGAUUCACCCCAGAAUGAUGUAGUGCAAAAUGGGAAUAAUAAUGACCAGUCUGUCACAGAGUGUUCCAUAGCAACCACUGCAGAAUUCUCCCAUGAUACCGAUGCGACUGAGAUUGACUCUCUUGAUGGUUAUGAUUUGCAAGAUGAAGAUGAUGGUUUAACUGAGAGUGAUUCUAAACUUGCAGGUCCAGCAGUUGAAACCAAAAAGGACGUAUGGACUACAGAAGGUAUUCUAAAGCAGACUGAUCGCUGCUUUAGCCAGAGUAAACUUGAAGUCAUUGAGGAGGAAGGCAAGGUAGGCCCUGAAGAAGACAAGGUGCCUUCGAAGGGUCCAGCUUCUGAAAAGGCCGGAGAUAAAAGCGAACAGAAGUCAGGGGCACAGUUUUUCACUUUGGAAGGCAGACACCCUGACAGGACUGUGUUUCCCGAUUCGUAUUUCAGUUACAAAGUAGAUGAAGAAUUUGCAACACCUUUCAAAACAGUGGCCACUAAGAGUCUAGAUUUUGACCCGUGGUCCAAUAACCGAGGUGACGACGAAGUGUUUGAGACUAAAUCAAGGGAUGAUGAGGCUAAGCCAUUUGGUCUGGCAGUGGAAGACAGAUCUCAAGCAACAACACCUGAUACAACUCCAGCCAGAACUCCAACAGAUGAAAGUACGCCAACUAGCGAGCCCAACCCCUUCCCAUUUCAUGAAGGGAAGAUGUUUGAGAUGACUCGCAGUGGUGCAAUUGACAUGAGCAAGAGGGAUUUUGUUGAAGAAAGACUCCAAUUUUUUCAGAUUGGUGAGCAUACUUCUGAAGGGAAGUCAGGGGACAAGGGGGAAGGGGAUAAAAGUACAGUCACUGCCAUCACACAGCCACAGGCAGGGGACGACACUGUAGAAACAAACCUAGAGAGACCAGUAGAAACAACAGCAGAUGAACAUAAGCCCAUCAUCCAGGCCAGUGGAGAUUGCAUGGAACAAACACUUGGUAGUAACUCACUGGAAAAAUCAUCGGCAGCAGUAAACGCUUCUAAAGUUGAUCCCAAAUUGCGCACACCAAUUAAAAUGGGAAUUUCUGCUUCCACCAUGACUCUGAAGAAAGAUGGCCCUGGCGAAGUGACAGAUAAGAUAGAAGCUGUGAUGCCAAGUGGUCAGGGAUUAGAAAAUGAAACCGUAGAAGUGAUUGCGAGUUCAGCUUCUAGCCAGACAAGCUGUAGGCAAACAGAAAACACUGAGUUUCCAAAAGAUAAUUUUAAUAACAACAACAAUUUGGAUUCAUCUGCUGUCCCUACAGAUGAUAUUACCUGUAAUGUAGUGCUAAAAGAACAUUCAGAACUGAAAUGUUCCCUGCAGAAAGCUAAUCAAGCAAAAAGCACUUCAGGAAAAGGUACAGGGACAACACAAGGACACAGAGUAAGAGAUAAGCAAAAAGCACAUGGAGAGCAGCAAAAGUCAACAGAGUUGGUAGGGACUAGAGGAAAAUCAAAACUUCCUGUAAAGGCCAGCUCAGUAAAAGACGUCUUGCCACAAAAUAAUGUCCAAAGCAAUGCAGGGAGUAAAGUGAGACGGGCUAUUAAGCCUGACAAAGCAAAACAAGAUAAUUCUCCUCCCUGUCUAGAAACAAGGUCUAGGAUUCCUGUAAAAAAUACACAUAGGAGCAAUCUAGCUAGAAAACCUGCAGCCCUGCCAAAACAAGAGCAGGUAGAGAAAGAAAAAACAAAACAGCUUCCUUCUAAAUUACCAGUAAAGGUAAGAUCUACCUCCGUCACAAUGACAACAGUUAAAGUAAGAAAAAAUCAGCUUAGGGAGGUAUGUAAACAUUCUAUUGAAUAUUUUAAGGGAAUUAGUGGUGAGACAUUAAAGCUUGUGGAUCGUCUAUCUGAUGAAGAGAAAAAGAUGCAGUCAGAGGUCUCUGAUGAUGAAGAAGACAGUACAUCAAGGAACACAUCAUUAUCAGAAGCUACUCAAGUUUACCAGCCUUCCAUUACAUCGAAGUCUGCUAGAGAUAUGAGAACAGAGGCAGCAUCUAUAAAAUCAAAGAUUGAAAAGGCCGACAGUGAGAGGAGGAGGAGUAAGAGGACUGGUGAGAAUGAAGGCAGUCAGGUUUCUGGAGCUCUCAUGGCUCACCUCGUGGAGAUCAAGCCUAGUCCACAGAGUCCAUGUGAACGGACAGAUAUAAGGAUGGCAAUUGUAGCCGAUCACCUGGGACUUAGCUGGACAGAACUGGCAAGAGAACUGAAUUUUUCUGUGGAUGAAAUAAAUCAAAUCCGAGUAGAAAAUCCAAAUUCUCUUAUUGCUCAAAGCUUCAUGUUAUUAAAAAAAUGGGUUACCAGAGACGGGAAAAAUGCUACAACUGAUGCCUUAACUUCUGUAUUGACAAAAAUUAAUCGAAUAGAUAUUGUGACCCUAUUGGAAGGACCAAUAUUUGAUUAUGGAAAUAUUUCAGGCACCAGAAGUUUUGCAGAUGAAAAUAACGUUUUUCAUGAUCCCAUUGAUGGUUAUCCCUCCAUUCAAGUGGAACUGGAAACUCCCACUGGGUUGCGCUUCGUGCCGCCCACCCCUUUCCAUCAGGACGAUUUCUUUAGCGACACCUCUAGCCUAGAGUCACCCCUUAGAACUCCCAGUAGACUGAGUGACGUGGUAGUGACCUCCCAGGGACAUGUAGAUGGUACAGCAGCAACACCGCCAGUGGUGACUGAAGAAGAUACUUCUCUGGACGACAGCAAACUCGAUUUCUCAGUGCCUAGAGAAGGAACACCCAAAGAUAUUUCUGUAGGCCAGAGCCAGUUGGAGGAAGUGGACCUUAAAGAUUAUCCGCGGUAUCUUGGUAGUUAUGGCGGGAUACCAAAGGAUGCUAAACAAAAGCAGAGUGAAGAGACUAGCAAAACAGGAAUAAGGACUGAACAGCCUGAGAGAGAAAAGUCUGGUAGUGAUGAGGAGAUGACGGAAGAAAAGUUUAAAUCUCUGUUUGAGGACAUUCAUCUGGAAGAAGGAGCUGAGUCUGAGGAGAUGACGGAAGAGAAAGUAUGGUCAAUUCUUAAAGGUGUUCAGCAAGCAGAACGCGAAAUGUCUUCAAUUACAGGUUGGCAAACCGACUCGUCAAGUGUCACUGAGCCACCAACGUCGGGACGCAGAAUAGGUGGUAGCCUGCUAGAUCGUCUGGAUGAUAGCUUGGACCAAUGUAGGGAUUCUGUUACCUCAUAUGUCAAAGGAGAAGGAGGGAAGCCAGAAACAAAUGGAAGCCUCUCUGAAUCCACAGCUGAGAUGAAAACUAAAUCCUAUGUCCAAGAAUCUUUAAACGAUGUGGGAAAACACAGUGACAAAGAAGCCCUGAAAACAAAGCCCCAACUUUCAGCUGGUACUGAUGAGCAAAGGUUAUCAUCAACCGCAUAUCAGAAAUCUUUGGAAGAGACUAGCAAGCCAACAACAGAAGGCAACAAAACAUCUGUGCCUGUCAGUGUGAAGAAGAUGAGCUGGAGUUCUUCAGAAGAUGGCAAGCCAAGAGCAAGCAUCCAAGAGGAGGAGGGAGCAGUAACGUCUGAACAGAAGGGUGAGGAAGCAAAAAACAUUCCUGGUGAAUCUGUAACAGAGGAGCAGUUUACCGACGAAGAAGGCAACAUCAUCACAAGAAAACAGGGUGAAGCUUACAAGGUUAAGACAAAGAAAGAAGUCAGACAUGUGGAGAAGAAAAGUUACUCAUGAAAGUUGAAAGCCAACCACUGAACGGACUGUGUGCUUUUACUGCCAGUAUUCUGGAAGAAAAAUCAACAGGAAUUAAACAUUCACCUAUAAAAGUGUGCGUGUGUUUGCUGCUUCCACACAUUAACCGCAUGGUUUUUAUGCAAAAACAAAAACAAAACAAAACAAAAAAAAUUAAUUUAGCAUGAGCCAAUUUACAGAGCAUGGAAAUUCACUUUCAUUCACAGGAUUGGAGAGUGCACAGUUAACAAUGCAGUGUAUAUACAAGAUGCCAUGCUGUUAACAGCUUAUUUCAAGCAGUUUGAUGUCAUCACAAAAUAAAUAAAUUCCUGUGGCCAGAGGGGAUGUAUGAAGACGAAAUGGUUAAACCAUGGAAAGACACUAAAAUUACUAAAAUCCACAACAGCUCGCCUUAUUUUUCUUGGACCCAAACUGUCAGGGUAUAAAACACUGUUUGUUUCUUUUUUAAACAUCAAUAGUUUUGCUGUAAAUAAAUAACACUGUAUAAAUUCUAACAAAUAGAAUAAAUGUUGAUAAGGCACUGCCUUUUCAAUCACAAACAGAAUACUGCGAAUGCAUUGAGCAGGCUAGGUGUCUCAAGUGGCUACACCUACAGGGAUAUUCUGGGUGUAUCUUCACAGAUUCUUGUAUAUUAGCAAUUAUAAUGUUUGUAUAUGCAAAAACGCUAGCUUGAUUUUAAAAAAAUCUUUAAAAUCUGCUGCAAAUUUAAAUGAUUCCCAAAAUGAGGAAUUCUGUAGUUCUGUGAAAAUUUUUCUUCAGAGUACUAAUAUUUUGAUGCAUGUGUUUCACCUUAUUUUGAUUAAAUCUUUUCCAGUUUUGCAAACACUAUACUGCAACAUGAAAAAUAAGAUUUUAUCUGUAAACACAAAGCCCUUCAUCUAAUAUUUGUUGCUGUUGCCAAUUUUUCAAUGAAAUGACCUAAAAACCAUAACAUAUACAGUAGUUGCAUUAUGGGGAGGGGGGUGCUAUCUGUUCUCGCUUUAUAAUGGGGGUAAUGCUUGCAGCUUUAGAAGUGGGUUGGUGCUCUGAUGGGCACAAGUUUGGGAUAUUUUUAAAUGAACUGAAGAGAAAUUACUAGCUAAUAGACUGGCAGCACGCUGUAAAAUUAUUACUGUAUUGUGUACUGGCUAUAAGAUGUAGAAUCUUUCAGUAAGCCAAUCAUCUGUAAUCAUCCUAGCAGUGUAAUAUUAGGUUGUUAAGGCUGCUGUGUUUUAAAGGGCAUUUUUAUUUGGGUUUUGGUGAAAUACUUUGAUUUGUUGAUUAUAUUCAUAUGGAAACAGCAUUCAUUGAUAAUAGCUCUAAUUACAUAUGUAUGAAAACAACAAACACUGGAUGAUCUAGUUGAUUAUUUAAGCAUAAAAUAAAUUGUGUUAAAACUCU